AUGGACCCUCCUCCCCUCUUAAUCCACCUCUCAAAAACCCUCUCCCUCUCCCCUCCACAAUCCUCAUACCCCCCCUCCUCCCUCACAGGCCCGCUAACAUCGCACACGGGCACAGCCUACCUCUUCCUCUCCGUCUCCUCCUCCUUUCCCCGCCUUCAAAUCCAUUCAUACCCAGCGAUACACUGGGCAAGGGCGUACAUCUCCAACAUCCCGACGCCGUCGAGAGCAGAAGAAGAAGAAGAAGAAGCCCCCCCGUCCGCCCUCGGCCUCUCCGACGUCCUCGCGGGCUCCGCCAUCCGCGCCUGCGUCACGCAAGACCUCUCGCACGUCCGAACGUUCCUCACGCUGCUCUCCCCCAUCGCCGAAUCCCUCCGCUCCUCCCCACCAGCAGCCACCACGUUACCAAGCUGUCUGCUCCACGGGCUCUCGGGGACGCUGUACCUGCUCCGUCUCAUACGCCACUGGGUCCCCUCCUCCGCGCCCCUCGUGUCGCGGUACAUCGUCCACGUGUCAGACCACCUCCUCGCGGCGCCCUGGUCCUGUCCGCAUGCUUCGCCCCGCGGCGCCGCGGACGGCGAACUAGGCACGCUGACGCAGCUUGUCGUGACCACGCCGCCGCUCGCCCCGCGUCUGGAGGGGAAGUUAUCGGAGUUGUUGGACUUGCAACGUCCCGACGGCAGCUGGCCUUCUCAAAGUCAAGGGGCGGACGGGCAGACGGGUGUCAAGGAGGAGGGGGAAAGACCGGACUUCGCCCACGGCGCAACGGGUCUCGUCGUCUCCCUUCUUUCUCUACGGCCAUUCUUCCCUUCACUACAGGGAAAGAUUGACGAGGUGGUCGGUAGGGCUAGGGACUUUCUCGCGAGGAAUCAGGGGCAGGAGGCGUGGGGGGAACCGAGUUUGUGGUACGGCGUGCUUGGUGCGGCGCUAGCUUUCCCGAAAGGAGAAACAAGAGACGCCUUCCUAUCACUCUCCUCGCCCAAAAACAACAUACCGGAUUUCACCCGCGCGGCAGAUUCGCCGCCAGAGCCCCCAUCGUCCUCCGGAUCCGUCGCGACGUCGUACGACCCGGGCGCCGCGUGGAUGUGGGCCGUUUCCGAGAGGGACAUGCCGCGUAUGAUUUUCUACAACGACAUUUAA